AUGUCAGAGGUUGAACAGUUUAUAUCAUCUGAACUCGGAAGAUUGGGUUUGUGUAAUAGCGUCAAAAACAUAAAGACAUUGGGAGGAGGUUGUAUCAGUGAAGCAGCUUGUUACAAGACAGAUAAAAGAGAUUUCUUUGUCAAGACAAAUGCUGAUCCCAGGGCCAAAGAUUGGUUUGCUGCCGAAUUUUUGGGAUUAGAGCGUAUCAAUAUUGCUGUUCCUGGUUUCGCGCCAAAACCAAUACAUCAUCACGCAAAGGAGAGAGCUUACAUUGUCACAGAAUAUGUCCCCAUGACGAGACCAAGCGCAAACACACAAAAGGAGUUGGGCCAUUUAUUAGCCAAAUUACAUACAGGUCCAUCGUCAGCAGAAAAUCAGUUUGGGUUUGAUGUUACCUCAUGGUGCGGUACAACCAUCUUGGACAACACAUGGUCGUCUGACUGGCUGCAGUUUUACAAGCAACAGCGUUUAGAGCCGUUGUUGAAGCAAGUGCAAGGUCAAAACAGAGAUAUUGAUCAAUUGGGGUCAUCCCUUUGCUCUCGACUGGAACAUUGGCUUGGAAAAGAUGCAUUGGGCGAGGUAUAUCCGUCGCUGUUGCAUGGCGAUCUUUGGAAUGGAAACAUGGCUGCCAAAGUAGCUGAUAAAAGUCCACUGAUCUAUGAUCCUGCAUGCUUCUAUGGCCAUUAUGAAACUGAAUUUGGUAUCAUGAGAAUGUUUGGAGGAUUUACGCAAGAGUGCUUUGAUGCUUACGACGAUACACUGGUCAAUGACUCCAAUAUCGAGUUGGUGGAGGAGGGAAGAGCAGAUCGUGCAUUGAUUUAUGAAGCGUACCAUCAUUUGAAUCACUAUGCCAUGUUUGGUGGUAGCUACAGCUCAGGAUUUAUCGAUUUAAUGGAGAAAUUGUUGUAA